ACUCAGGGCGCGGCAGAGGGGAGCGAAUUUCAGGAGGGCCAACUGGGAACGCUUAAGCACAUCCCGUUCUUUCCUCCCGUCGGUCCACCACCAGCGCCCCUGCAGCCAUGAACCCCCUGAUGCUUCUCGCUUUAUCUGUUCUGGUCUUCGGGGUCUCAGCUGACAUCCGCUGUAACUCAUGCGACAAAGUACCCGUGCUGGGCUGUCUGCAUUGGAAAUCUUGCCUCCUGCAAUCUGGUCACCAGUGCCUGACAACUAACGUGUACCUGGGUAAAAUGUGGCUGUACUCCAAACUGCGCUGUGGGACACCGGAGGAGCCGUGUUUGACGGCCGUCAACAAGACUGACCGCACCCUGGGCCUCAACUACAACACAACCUGUUGCGGCUCAGAUUCCUGCAACAACGCGGCCCCUCCCCUGCGUCAGCCCCUGCCCCUGGCCUGGCUAGCGGCAGUUGGCGCCUUGGGCUUCUGGCUGUUCCACUGAGGGACACCCCCACCGGUCCCUGCCUCACCCCUCAUCCCUGCUGGACCCCCACCACUCAGCGGGGUCCGGACCUGGGCCUAAUAAAUGAAGAGCCCAGAAGGGAGGUGACGACCCCCGGCUAGAGCAGGGUCUGAGUCCCUGCCCCUCUCACUCCUUAUCCUGAACACCACGAAGCCUCCUGUUUUUCUUGGUUUUCAAAAAUAAAUGUCAAUUUCCCA